GGCACAGCCAGGCCGGCCCCACAGGACUCUCCACUCUCCAGAACCAGAGGGACAAAGCCCCUUAUGCAAAUGGGGAGCAGGUAUGCAAAUGCCCUUGUGUGGCAUCACAAGAACACCGGGCCAGGGGGCGGGAGGGGCCACUCCGAGGGGCUUGACGGGGCACCGCCGAGAGCAGCCAGCCGGACCCCUUGAGAAGCUGCUGCCUCUUGCCAGCUCUUGGGGCCCUUUGCAGCAGGCGGCUGAUCCCGGCUGGCAGGCAGGCAGGCGGAAGAUGCCCGGAGCCCAGCAAGGUCUUCCCCGGGGUCAAGGGCGGGGGGGGGCACGGGAAGCUCCACUCCCUCCUCCCAAGCACACCGGGGAGGGGGGGCUUCCCAUGGCAGAGACCAGGAGGGUCGGACUGGAUGAGCCUUGGGGUUCCCUCCUCUUCUGCGCCAGCGCCCCCGGCCUCCUCCCUGCGCCGAGGCCCCUUUCCCGCCGAGCUGCGCGGCCUGGCCGGCGGGGGAAGCAGCGGGGCUGGAGCCGGAGGGCCUCCCCGGACGCGGCGGGCGCUGAGAGGCUGAGCCGGGAGGCUCGUCGGGGGAGGAGGCCCGGCGCCGCCCCCGCCCCGCCCGCUGGCUCCGGGGAAGGCAGGCAGGCAGGCGGGUAGGCGGGCAGGCGGGCGGGCGGGCGGGCCGAGGGGCAUUGGCGGGGGGGGGGGGUCUCCCUGCCCGGCCCUGGCCUUCUCCUCCUCCUUCCCGGCGCGGGCGCCUCACCUGCGCGCUCUCUCCCGCUGGCUCUCCGGCGCGUCCUUCCCGCGACUGGCCCGGCCAGGAAGUGAGGUCACGCGCCCGCCCGCCCCGGGAGGAGGAGGAGGAGGAGAUGCCGAUGCCGCCGCCGCCGCCGCCGCCCCCCCCCGGGGGUCCCCCCCCGCCCGCCUGGCGCUUCUCCUCCCGCUGCUUCUGCUGCUGCUGCCGGCGCUGCUCUGGCUCUGGGGCGGGGGCGUCGCGGGGGCGCUGGGCGUCGCGCUGCUGCCUCUGCUGGGCCGCCGGCUGCCCCGUCGGGGAGGCGCCCUCGCCGUGAGUAGCGCGGAAGGGAAGCGGGAGGGAAGCGGGAGGGAAGCGGGAGCUGCGCCCAGGGGCUUCGGGGCGGAGGAGGCGGCGGCGCGGGCGAGCAGCCCCCAGACAAGGCCCCUCUGGCCGGGGCACCGAAGGAGGCUGGCCCGGGCCCGGCCUGGGCGAGGAGCAGCGCGGCUGGAGCCGGGGCGACGGGGAGAGGCACCCCCCCCGCCCCAGGCUCCUCGGGCUUGGCUCACCCAGAGAGCUGCCCUCCCUUCUCCUCCUCCUCCAGCAGCCGGGCCUUCCUCGCCUUCCUCGCCUUGGUCAGGAUCCCCCCCCCAAAAAAGAGCCGCCAGGAAGCCCCUCACCUUCCUGCCCCCUUUCUCGUUGGCUCUGGAGUUUGCGAACACGUGUCUCCAUCCCAGCAGCCUGGAAGGGGGGGAUCUGGGGGGCCAGAGCAGGGCGGCCUGGAGACAGCGGGGGGGGGACUAGGUUCCUCAGGCCCCUCUCUCACCCCCAAGCCUGUGAGGUAGGCCAGGUCCCAGGGAGCCCAUCUAGUCCAGCCUCCUGUUCCCCCGGUGGCCAAGCAGGUGCCCUUUGUGGGAAGCCCAAGAGCAGGAGGGGAGCCCAAGAGCAACUCUCGGCUCCUGCACCUUCCCAGAACUAGGAUUCAGGAGCCAGGCUGUGAAGGGGAGAGGCUAGCCAACAUGGCUGGUAGCCCAUCAGUAGCCCUCUCUUCUUCUUCCUCCUCCUCCUCCAGUCCAUGGAUUGCUCCUCUUUUAAAGCCAUCCAAGUCAGUGGCUGUCACUGUCUCCUGUGGGAGGGAGUUCCACAGUUUAACUGUGCUCUGCAUGAAGAAGCACUUCCUUUUCUGUGCCCUGAAUCCUUUGACAUUCAUUGGAGAUCCGUAAGUUCCAGGGUUGCCAAAGCGAGAGAGAAACUUUUCUCUACCCGCUUUCUACAUGGCAGGCAUAACUUUACAAACUUCCAUCAACAUCACCUCUUACCUUUUCUCUAAGCUAAAAAGUCCCAAAUGCUGCAAUCCACACAGCCAAUUACUUAAAGCUGCCUUUCAUCAUGUCAGAUUCCAGGGCAAUUUACAGCUUAAAACACAUCCAAUUGCAAGAAACUUUACAGCAGACUAAAGCUUGCAAACUGAAACAAUGAAAGCCGUUCCGUUGCGUGCCUGACGGGGCAUUGUUGGGGUUUUGUACUAUUUCCUGUUUCUUGUUUGCUGCCUUGAGAAUCAUUGCUUGAAAGGCAAGGUGCAAAUCUUCAAAGUAACAACAAUUGUGGAGCCACCUCCAAGGAAGCCCCACUGCCUUGCAGGCUAGGAAGAAAGCCGCCCCCCUCCCCUGCAUCCUCUUUGCGGGGGUCAGCAAGGCACCCUGGGUUCUCCAGAGAGGGUGGGGUGGGGUGGAGCCCGGAGGCCCAGCGUCUCUGCAUCCCCAAAGCUGAACAGGAGCCCCGCUCUGGAGCCCCUUCCUCUCUGGCAGGGUGGCUGCUGCACUGGCUUGAAGGGAAAAUCAGGGAAGCGGAUUUUUAAUUCUGUUGUGUGAUUGAUACCAUAAAGCACAUUUGUCAAACCAAUUAAAAACCUUUCAAUCCCAUUUGCUUUCUUGCCUUGUAAUUGCUUAACCAAUGAAAACAAAUAUUGCCAAUCUUGGGCUCAGGUUGGGGGGGGAGGUUGCUUCCUCCUCUCAAUUCAAAUCCGUUGAUUAUGGCAACAUAAUGAACAUUUUUUCUUUCUUAAUUUUAUUAAUAAAGAAAAAUUUUCAGUGCGUUUCUUAAUACCAAAUUUUCUAUCACGUUUACUCUGCAAUCAAUCACAGGAGGCUGUUCUAGAGUAGCCUGCUGGCAAUUGGAGCAAAUGAUGGUUCACAAUGGGGUCAUGAUCAUUGUGGUUAAAUUCUGAAAAACCACAUUUUGUGAUUGUACUUAAUUAGCUGCCUGGAGCAAGCUGGGAAGGCAGGAGGAAGGGGGACACAGAAGACCCUGGCUAACAUCUCCGUGUGCCAGGAGCCUUGCAGUGCUGUGAGACCCAGCCUCUGGGCUGCAUGAAAAGCAGUGCCUGCGCUUAAGUGCCAAGUCCCUUUGGGCAGCCCUAACCAGUCUCCCAGUUCACAGUGAAUGAAAGGAGAGGGCUGGGGGUGCGUGGGAGUGGGAUUUGCAGGAGUGCUCAGCAGGCUGGUCUGCCUGCCAGGGGGAGAGAGGCCAGCUCAGCAAUGCCAGGAAUGGAAUCUGAGACCACCUUCCUGCAAAGCAGAUACUCUCCGACUGAGUCACAGCCCCCCCCCCACAAAUGGUCUUGCUUACUGUCAUUGCAAGAGAGAGACAAAGUCACUCAUUGCAGCCCCCCCCCGCCUCCUUUUUGGCUUCUGUGCAAAAGUCACAUUGGCAACAUGAAGAUUUGGGGUUCCUGCGCAGCACAAAGGACUCUAUUUAGCUGCAAGUAAACAUGGCUCCAUGGCUACAGCCAGCUCAUUGCUAUUAGGAAAGAGCCAGGUUACAAAACGUGAAACUUGAUUUGAACGAAUAACUUUGCAGGAUUUUGUUUUUCCCCCUUGGAGACUUAAGCUGCACUGAUCUAAAUUCACCCCCCUCUUUGUGGACUAGGCAGCCCAAGCGGCCGGGAGGGAAACGGAGUCGAAGUGUCCACAAGGGUUCCUGGGAGCAAACAAGACAGGAGGGUGAGAAGAGCAGGGGAGAGAUGAUGGGAGGUCAGGUCAAGGUGGGAGCCAGGCUAGAGCCAGGCAAUGCCGGGAUCCCCACCACAGAGGGGCUCCUGUUUGCCCUUGACAGAGGGCAAACCCCUCCUGUGCCUGAAAGGGGAAUGUGGGGCUCAGAGUGUGACCCAGAGGCAGGCAAAGGGCACCUCUGAAAAUAGUCCCAGCUGGAAUAGAUCACCAGUAGGGCUGGUGGUGGGGCUGUGGGGCCUUGUCUGGAGCAAGCUGAGGAAUGCAGAGAGCUGCCUCCUGCCCAAUGGGACCCUUGGCCGUCUGGAAAAUUGGGGGGGGGGGAUAUACAUUUUCAGCAUGGGUUGCCAUAUGCCCGGGUUUCCCCAAACAUUUCUACCGAUCCUCAAAUAUUCCAUUUGGACAUUAUUUCUGGGAAAUUCCGGAUGUAUGGCAGCCCUAGGAGUUGAGCAAUUUGUGCUUAAAAUGUGGUUCCAAACAAUCCUAGGUCCCAGGGCUCUGCCUUAACUAGUCUGGAGGCUUCCCAGUUUAUUGCGCUCCCAAAGGCAGGUGUGGCUCCGUCCGUUGGUCACCCCCCCCCCCCCGUUAAGCUGGCCUGCCGACAUUUGUUGGUGUGGGGAGGGAGGGCUGACAAGGGAGGAAUGGAGACUGUAAACACCCCAGACCGCCUUGUUCCUUUGUGGGCUUCAAAAUAGCUCCUGUCCUGGCUGCCUUUGGCCUGCUUCCAGAGCUGAGAUCUCCUUGGUCUGGGUGGGCAGGCCGUGUCCCGAGAGGACUUUCUAGGCCGGGUCACUCUUUCCCUCGCCCAGGGUGACGCAGGGGAGAUGCCACCGCACAUGCCAGGCCAGCAGCCCAGUCACCCGCCCUUGGCAAGCCGGCUCUCCCUCGCUUCGCACUUCCCGUUCGCUUGUCCUUGAGAGCAGUCGGGUCAGGUGAGGCCUGUCUGCCGGUUGCUCAACAGCUUCCCAGCCCUGAAAAACCAGCUCUGGAUCUGGCUUGGCAGCUGAGGCCUGAUCCUUAUCUGCCGCCACAACUUGUUGUGGCUGAAGCCGCCUCCAGACGGCUCAUUGCACAAGGUGCCCAGGAGAACGGGCAGGAAGGAGGACCACCGGCCUGACCCUCCUGGUGCAGGAAGGAGGAAGGGGCCCUGCCCAUUGGGUGUCUCUGCAGCAAACACGGCUGGGCCACAGCCCCCUGCCUCUGCGCCUGGUGCCCACAAGGCAGCAGCUCUUAAUGCUUGUUGUGCCACCAGACAGCCUUCUUUGCCACCAUGCGGGAGGCUUCUGAGUCAACCGUUGCUUCCUAGGAGUCAGGAGGAGACGCAGCGCCUCUGAGCUUGCCAGGAGAGAGCAACAAGUGUGGCGAGCCACAAAAUGGGGUGGAUUCAGAGGGAAGGUGACCCCCUUUGUGACUUCAGGGGGUGCAGAUCAGGCGAGGCAAACUCUGCUCUCGGGGGGGGGCUUGGCUGGCCGUGCUUCCUCCCAGCCCCUCUGGGCUUGCUCUUGCCUGCCUCUUCCCAUCCUUAGCUGGAAGAGGAAGGCAGGAAUGUUCCUGAUUCUUUAAAGCCAUCAAUCUGCCUUUGUUGAGCCUCUUAGGAUCCGGAUGGCUGAGAGAGGUGUGGGAGCAGGAGAGCUGGAUCGGGACCCUCCGGUUGGGAGGGUGGUUGGGUGAAGAUGUGGGUCAUUGGAGGAGAGAGGCCGACAUUUGACACACCCACGCCCCGCUUGGCCCUCCUGCUGCCUUCCCCAAACCGGCUAAGCAAGGCGGAGGGCUUUGCGAUGAAGACAUGAGGCUCAGGCAGCUCCUCCCUGGUGCCUUCGCAUCUCCUUCCCAAAGCUGGGCGCGUCCCAGCUAGGGAAGCAGGAGGGCGGGAGCCACCAAAGGGCCUUGAGGGCCGCACGUGGACCCCUCUGAUCUAGAGCGUAGAGAUGAUCUCUCCCUGGCGGCUGAGCCUUGCCUGCUCCUCCUGGCUCUCUGCAGCCUCUGAGGGGGCCCCUUCCUGUCUCCCCCCUGCAGGCCGACGGGAAGGCCGUGCUCAUCACCGGCUGCGACAAAGGCUUCGGCCAGGCCUUGGCCAGGCGCCUCCACGCCGAGGGCUUCACCGUCUUUGCCGCCUGCCUGCUCAAGGUGAGGGGGGGCUGCUGCCGCCCACCCAGCUGGACGAGCUCAGAAGAGAAGCAGCUGCUGUGCCCACCCUGCAGAGCAACCUUUCCCAACUGGGUGCCCUCCAAGGUUGCUGAACUACGACUCCCACCCUCUUCCUCCCCCCUGACCAUCGGCUGCGCUGGGAGUCCCACAGCCUCUGGAGAACAUCAUUUGGGAAAGAGGAGUCCGGGGAGCUUAAACCGGGGACUGCUCAUAUUUUGUGCCCCAAGGGGGGGGGUAGCUUCACCCAGGGGAGGCAUCCCAGCUGUGGGGGGUGCCUUUGCUGCAAGCCACCCAGUUUUUAUCGGAAUAACUCAGGACAUAAGCCAUUUUUGGCUCACAAGACCAUGAGUGAGUGGGGUGCCAGCCCCCCCGCUCCCCCCAGCAGGGUGCCUUCUUCAUUGUACUCCCUUUUUGCUGCGGCCACCAAACUUGGUUGGAUUUUGUGGGGGCAGAUGGACUUGGGGGUGGGCGCAGAUUAGGCCCCUGGCUGUGCCCAAGGACAGAGCCCCUGAGGCCGGUGGGGGAGGCUGUGUGGGCAGGUCCUUCUGGGGGAACUUUGGAGGUCAGGGCCUGCCAUUGCCCCUUCCCCACCUCCUGUCCCACAGACGAGCCUUGUCUGCUGGGUGAGGGAGCUCCCUUGGCUGGGGGGGGGGUGGAGUGAGAUCUCUGUGCCUCAGACAACUGCCAUUCUUUUUCCUCCUCUUCCUCCUCCUGCCAGAGAGGGCCUUGGGGUGGCCUCCUCCCCACCUUCUUCCCCACUCGCAGCCGCCUUCCUGCCCAGGGACACCCAGAGGUCACACAGCCGUCUCCUUUGUGGUUCAGGCCGGCCAAGGUGACCUCCCUCCCUCCCUGCCUGGGAGACCUGGCAGGGCCAGGGAGCCCCCCCCCCCCCAGGCGGCCAAGCCUGGAAGUUUCCAUCCCAAGUGAGGUUGUGCCUGGCUCCGUUGCCAUGGAGACGGUGACGGCUCACUUUCACUUUCCCCACACUGCAGGAGCAGCAGGUGCAGGUUCUUCAGCACAGCUCCAAGCCACGUGCCCUCAGCCGCCUCGCCUGGGUCCCUUGUAAACAUCCGGGGCAGCGGGGGACAUCCGUGCGCAGGCAGAGAGAGGCCCCAGGACUAUUCCUCUGGGCUCCUGAUUCCCGUGGGACAGCUUCCCUUCAGCCCCUGAACCUGUUUGCAAAGCGAGGACCUUCCCCUGCCAGAUUUUGUGUCUCCUGUUUCCAGAAGAAGGUGACAUUCCUGGCCAUCCCCAUCCCAACUGCCAGGCUUACCGCCCCAGAAUCGCCUCUGGGGAUCCUCUGCUCUCCUUGCAAAGGGUUCGUGUCCUCCCUGUGGUUUCAAAUGAAGUUGGGCAACCACUAAUCCCGUAAUAUGCCCUUGAUCCCGAAGGCUUUCUCUGAAAAGCCCAUCAGCCUCUGGAUUUGCACAAUCGCAGGAAUGGCCUUACUGGUUUCAGCUGAGUCUGCAACCCUGUUCAUCAGACUGUACACCCCCUUGGGCAGCCUUUGGCUGUGGGGCAGUUUAUGAAUCUGGAAAUCUCUCCUGAUACAGCCGGCCCACAUCCUCCGUCCGUUGAGAGGAGAGCCAGACAGGGCGUCUCCUCUGGGCUGCCUGGGCCUUUGGAGCAGAGAAGGGGGGAGCAGGCCGUUGAGCUGGGGUGGGGUGGGGCAAAGUCCCAGUCCCCUGGCCUGCCUGGUGGAGGGGACUGGGAACACCCACCAAGGCAGGGGGUUGGACUCGAUGGCCCUUGUGGUCUCUUCCAACUCUAUGAUUCUAUGAUUCUAUGACCCCCACCCACCAGAUGGAUGGAUGUCUAGGAAGCAAUAUAAUAAUAACAAUUCCUUCUAGCUACCUGCGAGGCCACCCCUUUGCCAUCUCACACAGAACCCCUUUCCUUUGUUCUCUAAAUGGCCCACCACCCAAGCGAUCUCCUCCUCAGGAAGCUAGCCUGGCUUGUCUUUUAACACUUGCUGGAUCCAGGGCUUGGGUAUGUCUUGGCAUUCAGCCUGAUUCCCCAAACUCAUUACACUAUCCUGGUUUUCCACUCGAAGCAGGUUUUAAAACACGGUUGCCAAUACUGCCCUCUUUCCUGCAGACAAGGAAGCAGCAGCUGGGGGUCAGGGAGCUAAGUGCCAGCCCCCAGCAGCCCCCGGCCUGGCCCUGGGGGCCCUGGGAGUGGAUUGGGGGGGGCACUCCUGGCAGACUGUUGUGGGCAAAGGAUUUCUUUCCUGUGUCUGUUGAGCAGGACCAGGGAGGAGACGGUGCCCGGGAGCUGGAGCGCCUGGGACCCUCGGGGCGGAUGCACGUCCUGCAGAUGAACGUCUGCCGCGAGGAGGAGGUGGACAGGGCUCUCCAGCUGGUGACCAGGAGCCUGAAGGGGCCUGAGCAAGGUAAGGGCCCUCCGGCCAGGGCCACGGGGGGGCUGGGGUGUCUCUGCUCCCCUGGAGCCGGGCAUCCCUGGGGCAGCUGCGUGGCCAGAGGGACCUGCUUGGUGUCUGUGGGGCGGGUGGCACAGAGGGGAGGCUCAGCCUGGCUGAUCCUGAGCAGGCAGUGGGGAGAGUUGAGGUUGGGGGGCCUCAAAGGGAGGUGGCUCAGUUCCUGGAAAAGAGGCAGCGAAUGGAGCUGGGAUCACGAGAUAAGAAGAGCCCCAGCAGAGCCUGGCUGCUGGAUCAGGCCAAGGACCCAUCUAGUCCCGCCUCUUCUUCUCAGAAUGGCCAACCAGAGGCCCCCACGGGAAGAAGCCCACAAGCAGGACCCCAGGGCAAGAGCAGCUCUGCCCUCCUGCGGCCCCCAAAGCCCCCUCCUCCUCCUCCAUGAAUUGGCACAGUCCUUUUGGAAAGCCUCGUAGGUUGAUGGCCAUCGCUGCCUCCUGUGGAAGGGAGUUCCGCAGUUUAUCUAUGUGCCGCAUGAAGAAGUCUUUCCUUUCUCUGUCCUGAAUCUUCCAACAUUCAGCUUCAUUGGAUGCGCAGGAGUUCUGGAGUUAGGAGACAGGGAGGAAAACUGAUCUCUGUCUGCUUUCUCCUGCCAGGCCCAAUUGUAUAAACUUCCACCAUGGUGCCUCUUACUCUAAACUAAAAAGCCCCCCCCCCCAUGAGCCAGGGCUCUUCCUUGUGCUACAGAGCUGCCUUUGUCCUGGCAUCUUGCAGGCAUGGGGGGGGGGCUGCCUGCCUGGGGGCCCGAUCCAGGACAAGGUGUGGACCUCUGAGCCAACAGCUGGCAGGUGACCCCGUCUCAGGUCAGCUCCGGUCAUCUGCAGGACGUGGCAGCAUCAGAAGCAGCAGCACCCCCUGGCCCAGCCUUUCUGGCUGCUGCUGAGCCCCACAUUCCCUGGGGUGGCAUGAGGUGGAGGAGGAUUGCAAAGAGCAAAGGAGGGCAAAGGCAAGGCAGGGAGGACUGUGCAAAGGGCCACCUCCACCCAAGGGAGUCAGCAGGAGGAGCAGAGCAGGGAUCAGGGCCAGAAGGGAGGAGGAGGAGGAGGCUGGGCCAGAGCAGGGAGGGGUCUCCAUGGGUGGGAGGAAUGAAGCAGGAGAGGGUGGGCACAUGGGCAUGGAGCCAGGCAAGCAAGAGGCUUUGGGGGGGGUCUGUGUAAGGAGCCCCAAAGAUGCCCUCAGCUGAGCCAGCCUCAAAGGACCCCUUCUCUGUGCAAGAGGCAGGAAAGGAGAAGCCCCCCACCCCCGCAGAGACCUCUGGCCCCCACCCCAAACGCAGAAAUGGCCCCCCAAGUUUCGUGGCGGUGGUGCUCCUGAUUCUCUGUACAGGAUCCUUCUGACUCAGAGACUGGGAGGUCGGGGAGGGCUGUAAGGAGAGGGGAGAGGGAGCUGCCCCAUCUCUUCCAGUCCCCUUGGAGGAGAGAGGGAGCCUCAGCUCACCCAGCCAUGGGUCUUGGCAGCCCCUGGGAGAGUCACAGAAUCAGAGCAUGGGCAAGUUGGCGGACUCAUCUAGUCCAACCUCUUGCAACGCAGGACUUGCCAGAAGCUCCUUCAGUGGAUCUCUCUGGGUGGAAUUGACUGGGGGAGACAUUCCUGGGAAACUCUUCCAGCCUCUUUGCCAGAGCCUCUUUGGGGGCUGUGGGGGCAGCAACGGGGGAGAGGAGGGCAGCAGAACCCCCUCUGCGCUGGUGCACCUCCAGAAUUCAAGGACAAAAGACACUGGAAAAGAGGGAAUGGGGUGGAUCCGUGGAGAGGAGGAAUGGCCUGGGAUGGAGACCCCAUGGCUCCCCCACGGAUGUGCUCCCCCCACCAGCCCUACUCAUUUCAGUGCAGAAUGUGGGAGGGGUUUAAUGGGUAGGAGAGGAGAGGUUAAUUGCAAUUUAUCCCUCCAGGCUCCCACAAGCCAGGACUGAGUUUCAAAAUCCCAUUCUUGGCAGCAAAAUUAAAAGCGUAGGAAUUAGGCUCCUUCUGAGCAAGUCCAGGUUCAUGAAGCAAGCUGGCUCCCCUUUCUUACUCCACGUAACAAACAAUCAGGCAACAACUUGCAAAUAAGUUAAAAAUAUAACUUAUAAUCUUGCAAUGGUUCACAGCAAUGGCAGCAGUAAAAACUAUGCAGGCAAAAGACUUCCAUUUACAGUAUAAGUAGCUUCAGGCCUGAACCCGAAGCUGGAGCAAGUAGAGGCAACUCCGCCUCCAACACUGGCCAAAGGAAGAGAGGAGGGGACAGGAAGUACUAUAUGGAGGGGAAAUGACAUCACACAGAACCCUGUCUAUCCAUUGUGUUUCUAUGGUCUGAGUAUGUGCCAGUUAGCAAUACGGCUCUGUGGUGUUAACCCCUUCUCAUGCUAACUAGCAAGAAUAUGCACUUGUUACAUUUGGCUGCUAAUUUCACCUUUCUGUUGGAUUGGGGCCACUUCCCCCCUAGAAGUAGGCUUUGAGGCCACCUGACAGGGAUGGCGCCUCUUGUGUCCCCCCCCCCAGGCUGAUUCUGGAGGUUCCUCUGGCGUCCUCAUUCAGAGGGUCCCACUUUGGGCCCUGGGAGGGGGCAGGGAGAGAGGGGGCCGGGUGUCCCCAGGGGAAGAGGACCCUGUUCCUGCGGCAGAACCACCAGGACGCAUCUCCUGCUUUGCCUGACAGGUCUGUGGGGCUUGGUGAACAACGCUGGAGUCGCCUCCUUUGGGGACGUGGAAUUCACCAGCGUGGAGAAAUACCAGAGGGUGGCCGAGGUCAACCUGUGGGGGGCCAUCCGAGUCACCAAGGCUUUUCUGCCCCUGAUCCGCAGGGCCCAAGGUACGGCACUGUCCGCCUCUUGAGGGACAUCCUCUUUGUCACCCCCUCCCUCCGCUGCACUUGGUCCCUUUGCCAGGGUUUCCUGGUGCAGAAUUGGGCCAGCAGUGGCCUGGGAGGGGCAGCCAGCCCCUGGGGGGAGGGCUGUCACAAGCCCUGGCAAGAGCAGCUGAGGAGCCCCUGCAGAAGGUGGGGCAGCUGGGACACGAUCCUCCGGCUGCAGGAUCCCUCCCUCCAGAUCCUGCGGCAGAUGGGUCAGCUCUGGAGCUCAGGCUCCAGUGGGCAGCCUCAGCCCGCGUGGAUUUGCUCAGCCCAUGGUACAGUGGGACUUGGGGCCUCCACCACGGCUGACCUCCAAAGCUGGUUUGCAGUGAAACAGAAAAUAAUUUCGGUGAGGUGUGCUUCUGAGCACACACAGAGUUCCUUUCCCUCCUCUCUCAGUCACCAUGGGGGUAGUGCUGGGAAGCUCCCCGAUGAGUCGCUGACCUUUCCCGGCAGCCUCUGCCCCCCUUUGAGAAGGCUGGCCCCAGAGAGACUCCCUCUCGCCCAGCGCCUGCCUCUCUGCUCCUCUCCAGGCCGCGUGGUCAACGUGAGCAGCAUGCUCGGCCGCAUGUCCAGUCCUCUGCGCUCUUCCUACUGCGUCUCCAAGGCCGGGCUGGAGGCCUUCACCAGCUGCCUCCGCCAGGAGAUGUACCCCUGGGGGGUGGGGGUGGUCGCGGUGGAGCCCAGCAACUUCAUCGCGGCCACCGGCAUCCUGACCCGGGACGGAGUCCAGGCCGAGGCCCAGCAGAUGUGGAGCGGGGCCAGCGCAGCCGUCCGUGCGGAUUACGGAGAGGCCUACUUUGCGGAGCAGGUCCGCCGGAUGGAGGGCUUUGUGCGCAGUGGCCUGAGGGACGUUUCCCUCGUGCUGGACGACAUCACCGAGGCGCUGACCGCGCGGCACCCCUACGCCCGCUACAACCCCAUGGAGGCCCGCUGGUGGGUCCGGCUGCAGGCCUUCACCCACUUGCCCACGGCUCUGGCCGACUGGCUCUACGUCCGCUAGUCCCUCGCUGCCCAUAGGCCUGGUGCCCAGUUUGGAAACAAACAAUUCCUGCCUUGCGUGGGGUUGGACUAGAUGACUCUUGGGGUCCCUUGCAACUCUACAAUGCUGUGGUUCUAAGAUCCUACGCCCACAUCUUGGCAGCCAGCCUGAGAGUCAUCCUGGCCCAGAACUAGCCACAUGCCCAGCCCAAGUGGCUCCUGAGGCUGGGGAGGGUGUCUCUAGGCAGCCCUGGCAAAGAAAGUAACCCCAUCAGCCUUUAGGUUCUUCUGGAGCAAAGCAGCUGGGGGGGGGGGUGUCUUCCACUUCUGGCACCUUCUGAAUGUGCCCACAGCAAGUGGUUGCCAGGAGACCCUGCAUUGGGUGGGGUGAGGGAGCCAUCCAGAUUCUGGGAGUGUAAAUGGGCCACUGACUACUUGCAAGGAUGCCAGCUGGCACCCCUUCUUCCCCCCUCCCCCCAGGCCAAGGAAGCAAAUGGCUGCCUCUGCUCUGGAGGCCUCACAAAGAGCUGCUGCUGUUUUGCUCGCAGUUGCCUGGGUGGGAUCUGUCUCUCACAGGGGGAUGCUCUGGGGUGGGGGGCUGGGGGAUGUUGCUCAAGGAAUUCCAGCACCCAGAGAAAGACGGGGAGGGGGUCCCCAGUGCAGACAUCCCAUGCCAGCUGCAGCAGAAACUUCCCCUUGCCCUCAGCUGGGGCUCCCAGGAAGGGCUGCAUCAGGGCCUGGGACACGAGGACCCUCAAGCCCACCCCCCACCCCCCAGGAGUCCUUCCUAGCCAGGCAGCUUCCACCCAGUCAGCCCUUUGACCCGUCGAGCCCCCUCAGCUUCUCCCCUGAGCAAGAGGAAAGGUCUUGGCCAGUUGGGCUGCCUGCCUGCCGGAUCAGGCCAAAGGGGGCCCAUCUGGUCCAGCCCCCUCUCCUCUCAGUGGCCAACCAGAUGCCUCAGUGGGAAACCCACAAGCAGGAUCUGAGCACAAGAGCAACAAUCUCUCCUCCUGCACUUUCCCCGGAGGUGCACCUGGAGAUUGAAUGGAAGACCUUCUGCUUACAAAGCAACUCUCUACGUCCCCGUUUCCCGGGGACAGUCCCCGGAUUCACAAAUCUGUCCCCGGAAUGUCCCCGGAUUUCAUUUAAUGUCCCCGGAUUUAUAUUUUAAGUGUUGUAGAUUUAUUAGUAGGGAAUGACUGUUGCGUGAUUGGUUCAACGGCACAAGACACAUCAUAUGGGGAAUUCUGGUGAGGCAAAAUGGCGGGCGUCACAGCAGUGAGCAGCUCCUGAAGCCAGCCAGAGCCAACUGCGCUACCAGCCUGGCUCUGGGCUGCUGAGACUGCCACUGCCCCCGCCACUGCUGAAGGGGAACCAGGGACUCCCAGCGCGUCAACUGGGGGAACCGCUGACACACCCCACGACCCAAAUCGAGCUGGGAGUGAGACCACCCGGCCAACUGCCCAGCAGUACUCCAUGGCCAGGAAAACCCUGGAGCCGAUGCAGGGAGAAAGGGGAGAGGAGAAGGAGAAGGAAGUAGAGAAAGAGGAAGGAGAAAAAAGAGGGGAGCCCCAACCUUGUUGCACUGCUGCUGCCGCCGCUGAGGAAAAGAGGUAGGAGAGCACUGGGAGGGCAAGGACACGUGGCCAAGCCCAGACCCGACCCGAGACUACUCCACAGUGGCUAGCACUCCAGAGAGCAGGCCAGGACCCAGAGGAGACCACAGAAGAGAAGAUAUUACUUCUUUUUUAAAAACUUAAAAAAAAAUUACUUCCCCCCUCUUUUUUUUUUUAAAAAGUGUCCCCAGAUUCUUUGAAAAAAAACUGGUAACCUUACUCUACCCCUCCCCCCUGCCACUGAGGAACAUGGGCCUCCCCUGCAACAGUGGAUGGAGAACAUGCAGAUUAUGGGAUGGCAGGAGGCCCUCCUCCCUCCUGUGAUCUCCCCUUCGCCACUGCUCUAAGCCAGCCAGGGGGCUGCAUGGGAUUAGGCUGAAGGUCCCAAGAGCCAAAAGGUGGGGUUUGCGGGUUCCCUUAAAGAUCUCUCAUAAUCCAAGCAAAUAUGGCCAAGGUGUCUCUGGGCAUACACAGAGUGUGUUAGUCCUGGCGUGAGCAGGCAGCACUUCUGCGUCAGAAGCAGCCACAGUGACCUUCUGGCUCUUCCCUUUGCAAAGGAGCACCUGCCCAGCCAUGUCCCUCGCGCCAGCUGGACCCCUUGGCAGGCUGCCCCCUAAGGAGGACAAGGCCAUGGCAGGCCCAGGGCGGGAGCCGCUCACCCAGUGGGCCUCUGGCCAGCUCAGGCAUGCGCCAGCUGCUCUUGGGCCGUGCGUGUGAUGCUGGGAACAAGCGCAUGUAAUUGGACUCGACAGUCGCAGGAAGACUGGGCAUAGUUUCCCACUGCAGAUUCGCUCUCCAAAGACCCCUUGUGCCAACUUACAGAAUUGCAGAGUUGAAGGGGACCCCAGGGGUCAUCUAGUCCAACCCCCCCCCCCCCCGCAAUCCAGGAAUUGUAGCUUACAGAGCAGUAUCCCUUUACUUUUCUGCGAGGAAAGCCACGCUUACCUGAGCACCGUCGGCAUGCAAGUGAUGCGAGGGGGGUAUGUGUGUAACUUCAUCCCCACCCCCACCCCCAGCACUGCCGUUUGUCUGCACUAUGAAAUCAUUGGAACACAAUGGGCACCUGAUCAUCUGCACACUGAGAAAGAAAUAAAGUGAACCAUUUCAGCCC